UCUUUCCUGUGUACUCACAAAUUGAGACGACAAUAUGGAACUGAUAAUGUUAAUUUCCUUCCCAGCUCUCGUUGUCCCUAUCAAUUACAACAAAAUCCAUUUAUUACCAUCCGCAUGUAUGCAAAGCAUUUCAUGACAAUGUUCCGAACCCCUCGAUAAACCCAAAAAAUCCAGUACCCACCAAGUUCAGUUCAUCUCAGCUAAUUUCUGGCUGUUAAUUGGUCGGGUGUCGCGCAGUCUUUAGAAUGGAUAUGAAUCCUCCCGGCAAGCACAAAGUAAAUUCAUAAUUAAUUCGUUUGCAAAGAGUGAUAAAGAAAGAGAAGCGAAAUUAACGCCCAACGCCUUGUACAGUGAGCCCUCUGUGUACACAAACAGUAAACAGCAAACAGCGUCGCACGCACACACACACCCAAACCGAAAGCCGGAGCGUUUGGCAAAUUAGCCAAAUGCGUUAUUUGGCCCACAAGCAUUUCAGUUCAGUUCAGUUUCAGUCGCUCACGGAACGUCCUGGCGUUUGGCCGCAAACCAGAAAAAGACCAAAAGUUAGAAUCAAGAGCAAAGAGCCAGAUGUUCGCGUUUCGGUGUAAAAUUUGAAUAUAAAAUCAACAUUUUUAAUUAAAUGUGUGUGGGAAAAAAUCAAUUUGUCGCAUGUCGAAAGCGGUUCGAAUAGGGUCCACCCUUAGAGCCUAGAGCCUGAGUUAACCGAAGACCAUGCUGCUGUACUCCAAGUUCCUAUCGACAGCUUUGACGGUGGCCAGUGGAAACAGCUCCACCGAUGGCACUGUGCUGCUCAUCCAAACAGCGGCUCCAGCUACUGGAGAAGCCAUCUCAACUGGAGCCAAGGUGGGUGGUGUGCCCUCGAUGAACUCCUACCUGGUCAGCAUGGCGUGGCCCAAAUCCCUGGCGGUGGCCGUCUUCCUGGUCAUCAUCCUGGUCACCGUUGUGGGCAACACACUCGUCAUCCUCGCCGUUAUGACCACACGCCGCCUGCGCACCGUCACCAACUGUUUCGUGAUGAACCUGGCCAUCACCGAUUGGCUCGUGGGCACCUGUGUGAUGCCUCCCUCGGUGGUUCUCUACAUAACAGGCACUUGGCGCUUCGGCUGGAUACUGUGCGACAUUUGGAUCUCGCUGGACAUCCUGCUCUGCACCGGCUCCAUCCUCAGCCUGUGCGCCAUCAGUCUGGACAGGUAUCUUGCCGUCACACAACCCUUGACGUACUCCAAGAAGCGGCGCUCCAAGCGACUGGCCCUGCUCAUGAUACUCGUCGUGUGGAUAACGGCCCUGUCAAUCACGUGUCCACCCUAUUUGGGCUGGUACGAGGCGGGCAGGCAUCAGGCGGAGUUCGUGGACUGCCGCUACAACCAAAACAAGGGCUACGUGGUCUUCUCGGCAAUGGGAUCAUUCUUUAUCCCCCUGACGGUGAUGCUGUACGUCUACGUUAAGAUUGGUUAUGUCCUCACGUCACGGCGACAGCGCAUUGUGCGCGAUGCGAACUCGGAGCGCACGGCAGACUACGAUGUGGAUGGGGACAACUUCAUCUCGGAGUCGGAGCACUAUCAUUGCACGCCAACCAAGUGGCUGCCGAACAGGAAGUCCCGCUGGCGGUUCAACUCCCUGCACGACCCACCACCCGGCAGCACGAAUACGUCCAAGGGGCAGCAGUCCUCCUCCGUCAAGUGUGCCAAGUGCUCCUCCAGUGGAACUGGAGUGGGUAUUGGAGUGGCUGGUGGUGCUGGGACACCAGUGGUGGACAAAACGCUGACAUUCAAGCACCAGCCCACCUUUUACGAACUGGUCGAGGUGUCGCGUCUCUCCUCGCUCAUCCAUUGCUCGGCAAUUAGCUGCAAGUACGGAGGACCCUGCAUGCACUCCACGCCCUCGGGGAUGCACUACGUCGGCACGGAGGCCUCCUUUUCGGACACCUGCCUGGGUGCCGCCUCCGUAGCCUCCGCCGCCACCGCUCUGGAGGUCACCACCACCACCACCGAGCAACUGGAGACGGAGGUCAAACAGAUGCCACACCAUCACCAUCAUGGCUCCCAGAACCAUCAUCAUCAUCACAACCAUCAUCAUCGCAUGCCGAUGCGAGUCUCGACCACGAAACGUGAUAGCAAGACCGCCAAGACCCUGACAAUUGUGAUGGGCGGCCUAAUUGCUUGCUGGCUGCCCUUCUUCGUCUAUUAUCUGCUGAUACCCUUCCUGCCGCGACCCGCCGUCCUCGAGGACCUCAUGUUCGGCUUCACCUGGAUUGGCUGGGUCAACUGCGCCAUCAACCCGUUCAUCUACGCCUUCUACAAUCCGGACUUCCGCACUGCCUUCUGGCGGCUCACCUGCCGGCCCAUCUGCAAGCAGAAGCGUCCGCCCAACCACCUGGCCAUGUUCCGUGGCUAGUUUGGGUAUCCCGAUGGAGAUCCGGUUUCCAGGCUACCAUUGCGGUUACGGAACACUUGAGAGUGUCAUAGUCACUGGGUCGCACAAUCGAAGCUCCGCUAGGUGGGAAAAUAUCUCAGGCAAACGCUUCACUUCUUGCUGGUUCAUUAACUUCUUACUUUUAGCACCUUUAAAAAAAGUAGAAAACAGCUUAGGGCUAAUCUGUGGGGUAUCUAUUUACAGGAGGUGUUCUAUCUGACUUCUUAGGGCAUUAUGACACUCAAAAAAUCCAACCAUUUACUAGUCGAAAAAUAAGUAAAUGUCAUAUGGCCUCUCGUAUCUAAGAGUAUUAGUAAUGAAAGUCUUAUUUCACUAUAAAGAAAAAGUACCAGUUUUGCUUAUGGAAAGGAAUUUUAAAUUGUAGU